UUCAAGGAUUUUCUGGCUGUAUUAAAUGGAAGCAGUCGGACAACGUGAAUGUUACAGGGCAAAUAAUCAUGGAUGCAGCAUUGACAGACGAUUAAAGACGACAGUGUCCCGUCCCGUUGACGUUGACUGACAUUCAAAGUCUGCUUUCUCUGUGAACUGCGGCUUGUUUUGUCUUGCGGACGCGGCCAGUGUCAGGUUUCUGCGCUGGUACAGUGAGAUUUCAUAAUGGCAGACAGUAUCAUGAGCAAGGCUGCUACCAUGGAGAUCCCCAUUAACAGCAAUGGAGACACGGGGACUCUGCCAGAGGAUGACAGCCUGGAGCAGGAUUUGCAGCAGGUGAUGGUCUCUGGACCCAACCUGAAUGAAACCAGCAUUGUCUCUGGAGGUUAUGGAGGGCCAGCAGGGGGCAUCAUUCCAACCAGCGCCAUCAAAGGGCCUGCAAUUCGCUUCAACCCUGAGUAUCUGGACAGAAGACGAGCCCCUGCAUCAGGACCAGACAUCCGCAUGAAAUCCAGAGGUAUUUGUUUGCCUAAAAGCCAGUCUGCUGCCAGUCGACUUGCCCAACACACAGCCCAGCAUCCAGGCUCAUCAAACCAUAAUCCUGCCUCUUCAACUGAAGAGGUUACACGUGGUGUGGCUGUGGAGAAAUUGGAUAGUGUGAAGAAAUGGGGAAUCAACACGUACAAGUGCACCCGACAGAUGUUUUCCGAGCGGUUUGGCCGAGGCUCCCGAACAGUAGACCUGGAACUAGAGGCUCAGAUUGACGUGUUGAGAGACACCAAGAGCAAGUAUGAGCAGAUCCUAAGACUCGCCACCGCACUCAUCGAUCAUUUUCAAAGCAUGGUUCAGACGCAGCAGGCUUUAGGAGACACCUUCACCGACCUCAGCCAGAAGUCACCAGAGCUGCAGGAUGAGUUUGGUUAUAACGCAGAAACACAGAAGCUGCUGGGUAAGAACGGCGAGGCUCUGCUCGGCGCCAUUAGCUUCUUUGUCUCCAGUGUCAACACCUUGGUCAACAAAACAAUGGAGGACACUUUGUUGACCAUUAAGCACUAUGAAAAUGCAAGACUUGAGUUUGACGCCUACCGCUCUGAUCUGGAGGAGCUGAGUUUGGGCCCAAGGGAUGCAGCCGCCGUGGUUCGCAUCGAUAUGGCUCAGCAAGACUACCAGAUACACAGAGACAAAUAUGAAAGGCUGCGGAGUGACGUCACCAUCAAACUCAAAUUCCUGGAGGAAAACAAGGUGAAGGUGAUGCACAAGCAGCUGCUUCUCUUCCAUAAUGCCAUCUCAGCUUACUUUGCUGGCAACCAGCAGCAGCUGGAACAAACUCUGAUACAGUUCAAUGUAAAGUUGCAGCCCCCAGGAUCACAAAAGCCGUCCUGGUUGGAGGAGCAGUAAAGGGGGGAGAAUGUGCCGACAUUAAGGUUAGACGGUCAAGAUCGCCGCUGUGUAAUGGAGUAUAUUGUAGGAUCAAUAGUGGCCAGUGAGAUGGAAAAGCUAGAGAAAUCAGUUUUGUAAAGUUUUACAGUAUCACUUAUUUUACACAUCAGAUGUAUUUACUUUUUAUGUUGUUAAGUCGCAAAAUAUCCUAUUUUUUACUUUUAGUUAUUCUUUUAGGUACACAAUCGAUUACAUAAGGCCAAGUCCUCAGCAGUUUUGCACAUGCUUUAUUUUCGUUUUUAAUGUUGUCUAAAGCGUUAUCAGGUAAUUCCUCCAAUCGCAUUAAAACGUCAGUGGGAAAAUGUCAAAACGAUUAUGAAAAUACCGUCUGAAAUUGUGUUUAUUUUCAUGCAUGCAUGAAAGUUUUUGAAUCAAACUCACCGGGAUUUAACAUAGUGGUUUUGUGGACUGGUCAGUUUACAGUUAACUUGCAAAGGAGGGAUAAAAACAUAGUGAAUCUAGUGAAAUAUUCUCUUACCCGAGAUAUAAAUCGUAAUUACCUACAGUACAGAUUUGAUAUGUGUAGAUACAAAUCCGGCAUUUGUCUUUUUUACUCCACCGUUUACAUGGAAUCAAGCCUCAGAACUCGAUGACAAACACAAACACGCCAUUGUUAAGAAAUCGAAAACGAAACCACAGCGGCCAGUGUAUGAGUGGACCAUGUGUGAGCAGAUCGUGCCAGAAUUUGAGGCUUAUUUUCGAAGUAUUUAUAACACGUACAGUACAGUGUAUGGAAAGACACAUGAUUACAAUCACAAUAAAUUCAGUGUCUCUUCAUAGACGAGGGUGUAUGAAUAGGUAUCUUCUUGUCUUAUGUGAUUUAUUUCCAGUUUCCAGUGUUUGUAACAUAAAUUCUCCACGUUACGUAAAAAAAAAACAACCUCUUUUAAAUUCUCGUUAGCUGACCUAGUCUUUGUCCUAUUCUUCAUUUCCAAUAAAGUCUGCUGGAUGUUCUGUUUCACUGACCAGUGCGGUUUGACACAAUUCUGUCCCCCUUUGAUAUGGGAAGCUUUCACAGAUGUAUAUGCAGAAAACCCACAAUGUAUGUAAUAUGUACGUAUAUGGCAAUACAGUGUGAUAUAUCUCUUGA